AUGAAAGCUCUAUCACGUCCAUUGUGUGUUUCUUGCAGUACACUCUCUCUUAUUCUAUUUGCAAGUCGAGUAAUUGCAGAUUUUAUAACGACUAAAUGGAAUCCAAUACAAGGAACCAAGUUUACCAUUGCUUGGAGUGGUACUAGUGAUGCUGGUUUAAAAAAUCUCACAUUGAAUGAUGCGGAUAGUUCUGGAAACGAGUUUGCAGCUGUAGAAAAUAUCGCUACUGGUAUCAAUGGAGGUUCAUUUACAUGGUUACCAUCAACCUCCAUACCAGAUGGGACACAUGUGAUAAAUCUUUACGAAACGCCGAAUAGAGUCAACAAGAAUGGUUUGACUUUCAUUGGAAAGUUUUUUGUGCUUGGGGAUGCGAAUCCAAAUCAAAUUGUUGCAAGCGAGUCUGAAACUACUUCUGCUGUGAAACAGGUGGUCCAAAUUACGACGCCUGCAUCUACUACAUUUCUCAAAAGCAGAAAAUGA